AUCAGCUUGCCGGUUUUCAGAGUUGCCUUUGCUUGACUAUUGGCUCUGGUUCAGAGAUCUGCUAUGAGUGUGUGUCCUUGUAAGGGCCCUGACUACACAAGUAUCAACAGGCUUCACCGACAGCAGCGUUGAACAUGAGACAUUUACUGAGUCUUCCUCAGCUGGCCUCACGGGCCUUCAGUACAACAACCCGACAAAUGAGAAACAAGGUGCUUGAAAGACAAAAGGUUUUCUUGGAGGACAAUGGUCUACCUGUCCACAUUAAAGGAGGAACCACAGAUGUCCUUCUUUAUCGUUUAACCAUGACCAUCACACUUGCAGGCACUGCCUUUUCCUGUUACUGGCUGCUACGGGCCAGUAUGCCAAGGGGUAAAGCACACUGAGGACUGAUGCCAAAAACUUUUAGCGCUGUGUGAUAUUGUACAGUCCAUGUCAAAUACCUUAAUGAAUAAAAUUAAUACAAUGAAUCAUU